CAACCUAUCUCCCACCGGAAUAUAUUUCUCUGCACGGUCCGAUAACCAGGACGGCUAAAAGCUCUUGAAGAUCUCUCUGCACGGCCCUGGUGGGUCUUGAGCCCUUCACUUCUUCCUGCCCGGAUAUUGGCUUUUAAGAUACAUUGUUUUCCUAAUCCUUCCAAGUGCGGCCCGCUAUCGGGCCCGACAUGCAAUAGGGGCGUUAUCUACAUUUCAUCGACAGUUAAAUAGUAUCGGCCAACCCAACUCAAAUCCAGCUAAUGACUUCCACAUUUCAACAAUCUCCGGCCCAAACCCAACCAAUCUAGCCAUGGAAAAACUCCCUCCUCGCCUCGAGGCCUUCCUGGGCCGUCUCUUGCGCAACAAACGAGGCCGCGACGCGAAAUUGCUCACGCGCACCAGCCCCGUCCUUCAAGCCCUUCAGCCCACCAUCGCGGUAACCUCGUCCGUGGGCCCGUCGCAAUCUCCACUACCCGCAGAAUACACCCAAGUCGGCGCGAACCGUUUCCCGCCUCUUUCCUGGACGGUACCCAACGACUCGGUGUCCGCGGAGAAAAUCAACAGCUACGUGCUCGUCGUGGAGGAUGCGGAUGCCCCGCUUCCGAAUCCAAUAGUGCAUGGGCUGUACUACGGACUUUCCAAGGACAAAACUACUAUCUCUUCAGACGAUGUCACCGUGACAGAUGCGAGCAAGAGGGCAUUACAGGGGGGAUUCCAGUACGGGGUGAACUGGCACCAGAAUGUGUGGAGUGGGCCGCGGCCGGUAUUGGGACACGGCUCCCAUCGGUAUUUCUUUCAGGUGUUGGCGUUGGGAAAGCCGCUGGAGGAGAAGCCUUGGGGGAAGGAGGAGCUGUUGGAGUGGUUGGAGAAGGAGAAGGAGAGUGUGUUGGCUUGGGGGGAGUGGGUGGGCACUUUCGUGCGGGAGCCUUAAUGGGACGGCGUGUGGAAUGAAUGAUGAACUAUGUAACUUUGGAAAAUUGGUGGAAUGCUUAAUUCUAAUUCUAAUUUAUUCAGUCAUAUAAUUUUAUGCUCGCUGACAAGUCGAUCAUCUUCGGGUAGGGGUGAUCAGGUGAUCUGAUUGUUUGUUCGCU